AUGGUGGUGUUCCUGACCAGCCUCUGUGUCCUCCUGCUCUGCUGUGGCCCCAUCCUGGCCGGCUGCCGCCGGGGAGGCUCAGCCACCUUCUUCUGCAAUGUCUCCAUGAAGAAGAACUCCAGCUCAGAGUACAGCAUCAAUUGGUACAAGGAAGUCAACCACAGCCAACCUCAAAAAGUUGCUGAGAUCAGUAUGAAGAACCCCCAGAUGAAAACAGAAAAGUACCUGCUCACCAACCACACUCCUUCCUUCAAGAUUGAGAUCCUGAACCUUCACCAGAAUGAUUCUGGCAUCUACUACUGCGGGCUGAUCAACUUCUUUGAAUCCAAUAAGUUGAUGGAGAGCAGCCGGUCCCACCUGGUGGUCACAGAAGCCCUUGAGAAGACAAACACCACUGAUGAGCCUGAGAUAGAGGAAGGCAACCCACCAGACAAAGUCAAGGCCAUGCUCCUGGGCAUCCUGCUGCUGGCUGGGGCAGUUGUGCUGCUCAUCUUUGGCUGCCGCACCAUCACGUACAGGAGAGGAGAUGUGCAGAAACCACCAAGUGAAAACGUGCCAGUGAAGGAAGAGAAGCCACCCAUGGUGUCUGUGUCCACUGUGGACUAUGGCGUGCUGGAGUUUCAGUGGGACUCAUGCUCCCAUGUGCCCCCCGAGGCCCGGCCAGUUGACCAGACUGAAUAUGCCACCAUCGUCUUCCCAGAGGAGAAACCCAUUACACCAGAGCGCAGGAAGAAGCACCAGGAAGAGAGGACUCAGCAGCUGCAGCCCUGCUGA